AUGGGAGGACGGAGGAGCGUGCUGGAGAGGAGCAUAAGCAGGCAGUCCGUAGGGUCCUCAGACACCUCACAGCAGCCGACCCCCCAGAGGGAGAGGAGGGUCAGCCGAGACAGCAGCCCGUCCCUAUACCUCUCCGAGGGGGAUGAUGGCUCCGCGUCCGGGAGUGAAGGAGGCCGCAUCGCCAGGAGCAGCCUGAUCCGCAGCACUUUCUACAACAGCUCCGCGCAGCUCUCGCCCAUGUCCGCUCGUCACAUGACCCUCAGGGACAAGUUCCAGGCCAAGAAGCAGGAGAGAGGCCGCAAGCCGCUCCGCAGAAGCCUUUCUAGCCGCCUCAACGAGCCUCUCAUUGAGUACGUGGAGGACGAGGGAGAGACCAAUCAUGGGCAAAGGCGAGGGUCUUUGCAGUCGUCCAUGCUCAAGUCCUGCUCCUUUGACAGCGGGGUCGGCCUCUCGCACAAUGCACCACCGCAGAGGAGGAGCAGGUCUUUGGACGAGUACUCCCGACGCUCACCAGGAUCCGCCAAAUGCAAAGAAGAGGAGAGUGCUUUGAAUCUUAAGGAGGAUUUCACUGAUGAGGAGGAAGAGGAGAAGAGCUUGGACGUUCCCCCUCCCCAAGUCAGAGGUUCGGUGGCAGUGGCUCCCACUCAGCUUAUGGCCAGGCUUCAGAAACUGUGUGCAAAAUCGCCCCAUGCUGGUCCAGGGAAGAGCCCCAGACCAGAGCAGGAGAGACCAGGGGAGGAAGAGGCGGGGAACCUGGCUGGCUCUCAUUACUCCUUGGCUGAGUCCCUCAUCCUGGAGCAUGGCUCUGAGGCCUCCAGCAGACUGGGCUCCUGUGAGGAGCUGUCCCACAGCUGCCCUGCAGCCACACACAGAGGGAGAGCAGGGGAUGAGUAUGAUGACCAGGAGGAGCCCCUGAUCACUCCAUCCCCCUGCUCCCUGCUCCAGGGUUCUGAGGCUGAGGAAGCUGAUCAGGAGCCCCAGCACCGGACCGGCCAACUUCAGAUCCUACCGAGAAGGACAACCCACUCCAACCAGAACUCAAUGGCCAGAAAUAAUGGUAAGGUAGAGAAGACGGCCAUGCCGGUGAAACCCAGCCCCAGCCUGUCCUUCAAGGCCCCAGAGAGGCCCUCGAGGGCCAGCGAUACAGAGGCACGACUCCAGAGGCACGCGUCCACCUCGGCCCUCCAGGCCAAACCACCCACGGGGAAGUCUCCCAGGAUGUCACCCAAGGUUGGGUUGAUGAAUCUGUUCCGUAGGCAGUCCUGGGCGGGGCAUUCAUACUCGCAGCUGGAGGGCGUGGAGCAUGGACCCACACUAGGGGAAUUGCAGCCCAAAACCCCCACCAUGUCACUCAGGAAAAAGAUGAGGGCAUCAGCCUCUAGCCUCACCAAUCUGUUCACUAAAUCGUCCAGCAAGGAGGACUUAACAAAGGGAGGUGAGCUACCAUGCACUUUUAGUUUUGUAGACUUUUUAAAAUGUUAUCACUCUCAUAUAGUGGAAACAAUCACAAUUUCCACCCUUUAUGUUUCUUGGUGCGAUGCAGGGCCGAUUGUAAAGGGUGCAUCUCCUGCUCUACCUGAGAAAGAGGCGAGCCCUGGCUUGGAGAGUCCUAAAAAGAAGUCCAAAUUAUUUUCCUUUAAAAUACCUAAAAUACCUGCAUUCAAGAAGAACAAAGGUGAAGUAUAUUUGGACUCAAUUUGCAAUCUAUUCAGCAGGAGAGAGACUUUGUGUGUCUCUGCAAGUCUAAUGUUUAUCUUUCUGUUUUCUCUCCAGAGAUGCCCAUCCACCCCACCAGGCCUGAUGUGCACCAGUUGGAGGCAGGUGGAUUUCUGCUGGUAUGGAGACCAGUGCAGUCCAGCGACCCAGUGGUUUACUGUGUUCAGUACAGCACAGAUGGUACGAAAAACACUGCUUACAGAUCACACAGAUUUGUAUAUUGAUUUUCCACAGGAAUGUGUAUGUCACAGGAGGUUGGUGAGGGGACGAUGGCUCAUAAUAAUGGCUGGAAUGGAGUAAAUGGAAUGGUAUCAAGCACAUGGCAACUAUGUGUCUGAUGUGUUUGAUAUCAUUCCAUUCAUGCCGUUCCAGCCAUUACUAUCCGCCCGUCCACCCCAAUUAAGUGCCAUCAGCCGCCGUACCACCAGCCGCCUGUGGUGUAUGUGCAGUGAAGUGAAGCAACAUUAAACUUAACAAGUUUAACACUGUCUACCGGAGUGGGCAGAUGACAAUGAUGAUGACGCACCUAUUGCACAUAAGAUAUUAGAAUUAUAGAACAUUUGCAUACUCUGUGCUGCCACAGGUGGGGAAUGGAAGCUACUGUGUGAGGAGGUGACAGACAGUUGCUACGUGGUGAAGGACUUACCCAGAGGAGCAGGAUACGUGUUCAGGGUGGGCUGCAUCACCAAGAAGGGGGCAGGACCUUUCAGUGACCCUUCACCACCUGUUGUUAUGGCAACCCAUCCUGAAGGCAAGAAAAUUAUCUAUGCUCCUUGUUUUAUAGUAGUGUUUAUUGAUGAAAGUCUUUGGUGCUCUACCUCCCUUUUUGAGUCUGUGGCCAGAAAUUAUACUUCUCUUUUAAUCUACAGAGACCCACAUUCCCCUCAUCCAGACCGAGUCCCCAGGAUCACAAGGGCAGUGGAUCAAGAGAUCAACCUAGCCACAAGACCUACAGCUUCCUCUCAGAGAUCAACAGGUACUGAACAGUCAACACUGGGUUAGGAGAGUUGCAGUUUUUUCUAGACGACGUGAAUGUGUACUCAUUGAACAUUUCUUUACUACUCAUCUUUCCUUCACACCUGCAAAGUAGGCCUGUGUAGAUGUGUGUGCAAUCUCUCUCACCAUCUCCCUCUCCAUGUUGUUCAUGUCAGGGGUCGUUUCAGCGUGGUGACCCAGUGCCAGGACAGCCAGAGCCAGCAGCUGUUUGCUGCCAAGAUCACCCCCUACAGGCCAGAGAAGAGAGAGCUGGUGCUCAGGGAGUACCAACUGCUUAAGAGGCUCAACCACCCCCACCUGGUGCAGCUGCACACGGCCUACAUUACCCCCCACUACCUGGUGCUCAUCCAGGAGCUGUGUGCUGGCAGAGAGCUGCUCCACAACCUGGCUAAGAGGUCAGAAAGACACAGCAUAGAAAAUGAUUGCUGCCUGCUUUACAUUACAACAUUACUUAGUAGUGUUUGGGGGUGUGCUAGCUUGUAGUGUUACCUGGCUAAUGGGUUUUGGAAUUUCCAGAGUAUGGAUGCAAAAUGUGUUAUUUACUGUACUUGGUGAAAACCACAUGCAGAAGAUGUCUUUUAGAUAAAUAAAAAGGCCAUACCAUGUUCUCCCUCCCUCCCUCCCUCCCUCCCUCCCUCCCUCCCUCCCUCCCUCCCUCCCUCCCUCCCUCCUUUUUCCCCCACACAGAGAUCUGUAUGCUGAACUCCAUGUGGCAGAGCUGCUGGCUCAGAUCCUGAGUGCUGUGGACUACCUGCACGGCCGCCGCGUCGUCCACCUGGACCUCAAGUCUGAUAACAUGCUGGUGACGGACCGCAACAUGCUGAAGAUUGUAGACCUGGGCUCCGCUCAGUCCUUCACACCCGGACAGACACUCAACAUAGAGCACAUUCAGGGACAAGAGAAAGGUACAUCAAGAGAAUGACUGGAAAGGAUGAGCGGGGAGGAUGAGUGGAUGGGUGGAUGGGGAGGAUAGGUGUUACUGAACAAAAGCUUGCCUAACUUCAUCACUCAACUUUUCUCCUGAAGAACACUUACAUCCAUCUUCCCAUUUUACGCAGAGACUCCAUUGUGUGCCUCUCCACAGACAACGGGCAGAAAAAGAAUGGCAGAUGGCAGUACGCUAACCCAAUGUUAACUUUUAUGCUUUUCCUAACCGUUACCCUAACCUCACCGAAACUAUGCCAAACCUUAACCUAACCCUUUUUCCUAAACCUAACCUUCACCAUAACCUUAAUUCAUUUCGACCUCUAUGUUCUGCCGCUGGAAUAUACACUUUCUUCCUUGAAAGAUUCAUUUUAAUUUACUGGCACGUACUAAUGGAAACAAUGGAAAGUAAAACUCUUAUGAAGAAUGCCCUCUCUAUCUGUCAUGUUUUGCCAGUUUACAUUGUCCUUCCUAAAGCUCCAGAAAUCCUCGACGGACAAGGAGUCGGACCUGAGACCGACAUCUGGGCUAUUGGGGUUUUGGCUUUUAUAAUGUAAGUAUAGAGGGGUUGUUCCACGAAAUGAGUGCCUUUUGUGUCCCUUUAAUAUUUUAAGUAGAAAUUGUGCACAAAUAUUGCAUUUUAAAAGCCAGUUAUAUUAAAUGAAGUGCCCUUACAUAUAGACCACAUGGAAGAUGCAAUACAUCUGACUUGCUAAAGUGCCAAAAUUCAGCAUUUUGACAUAUCCCUCUGUGCACCCUGUGUGACUUCUAGGAAUAUAUUAACCCACUUAACCUGAAAAUGUUUUCACCAUCAUUGUAAAGCCCUAAUUAGUAUGUUGUUUUGACAAAGUCAUUUCUGGCGACUAUUAUUUAUUUAAUGUGAUUAGUGAUUCAUAAAAAAAAAAAAGGUCAACCCUGUUACGUGAACUGAACUCUCAUUUUAAUAUGGUGAAACUGAGCGGGUCGAGCAUAACAGGUUAACCCUGUUACCCAUAGAUAGACAGGCUAGAAAUGUUUCAACAAUGUCCUUUUUUUUGUGAAGCUUGCAUUCAAUUGCCCCUCCCUGUUGCACACAACACGCUUCCAUUUCCACUGUCACAAGGGGAUUCAUGGCUGAUGUAAGAUCAACACUGUUACUUUACUUUGGUCUUAAUAGGCCCUUACUAUAGUGAUUUUUUUUUUUGAAGGGAAGACAUGUUUUUUAUUAAGUUGAACAUGUGCUCUUUAUGACAGAAUGUAAAAAAAAAAAAUCACCAAGUUACACUGCUGAAAAUGCACCCAAUUGGUGGAACGACCCAGAAAGGAUUUAAUUAUUUUUGCAAUAAUUACACUUCUCUCUAAUAUUUAGAGUACUGAUUGCCCUGGAUGUGUAAGUUUUAUCCUAUAUAUCAGGUGUCAAACUCAUUUAGCCCCGCAGGCCAAACUGGGUCUUCACAGUGGUCCAGAGGGCCGCACUUAAAAUGUGUUAUAUUUCCUCGCGGCCAAAAUGUGCAAGAAAUUGUCCCAUAUCCAUUGCUUUUGGAAUUUUCGAUGCUCCCUGACUAUCUAGCAUUCGUUUCAAUGACUGUUAGCAAGCUGGACAGCAUGAAGAGAUUGUAAAUGUAGAUCCAUCAUCAUUUUUACACAGUUUCAAUUUGGUUUUAGUCAUUUCAAUGUCAAUUAAGACCGUUUUUCAAAGAAAAACUGAAACCCCCUGCAGGCCAGAUUGAAUGGGCUCGCGGGCCGGAUCCUUAUGUGUGACACCCCUGCUAUACAGCCAUAUUGCCAUUUAUUCCUCUGUUUCUCCUCUGAUAUGUCUAUGUGAGGGGACUGUGAGGGGACACACACAAACACACACACACAUUAUUUUUGUUGUUGUAUUGUUUGUAUUAUUAUUAUUAUGUAUUUUUAUUUUGUAUUGUUUGUAUAUCGUUGUAUUUUAAAUUUGUGUGACUGGCCUUGUCUAUCAGCGUAUCCGUGUUUUGUUAUUUGUCAUGUUUUGUGUUUUUUGUGGACCCCAGGAAGAGUAGCUGAUGCUUCUGCAAAAGCUAAUGGGGAUCCAAAUAAACAAAUAUGUCCUCCCUCUCACCACCUAGGUUGAGUGCAGAUAGCCCGUUCCAUUCAGACCUCAACUGGGAGAGGGACAGAAACAUCCGGAAGGGGAAGAUCCAGUUUGGCCGCUGCUACCCUGGCCUGUCAGAGGGAGCAAUCAACUUCAUGAAGAACACACUGAGCAACAAGGCCUGGUGAGUCCAUUGACAACAUCUCAGCCAACCAGGACCUAUACCUAUUGCCUUUUUGAGAUAGCCAAGCACACCCAAAGUCGUUUCAUUGUGGGAUAAUUGAUAGAUAGUGUUAACAUUAUAUGUUCCCCACUCCCUCUGAACAACCAGAACCAAACAUUUCAGAAUGUUCCUGAUGUGUUUCGUCUGAUGUGUUUCCUCAGGGGGAGACCCUCGGCGGCUGAGUGCCUCCAGAACCCGUGGGUAGGGGGCGAGCGGGCCCCCUCCAAACACAGAGACUCCAUCUUGUGUUUCUCCACUGACAAGCUGCAGGCCUUCCUCAAGGAGAGAGAGGUGAAACGAGACCAGGUCCGCACCAAGCUGCAAGGGCCGUUCUUCCAGUGA